UCGGGUCAGUUUGGUUCCGUGAGUUCUAGAACACAACAACCCUUCCCUCCUUGACAGUCACCUUUUGGACGGGUGGUCACUCCACUCCAAUGUUCCGACCAUUCCCCUAUGUCCCUCAUCAUUUAGCUGGCUACUUCCAGGUUCAAGAAAAAGCUGCUGGUUGAAGCCUGGUGUGUCUCAUUUUGUUGCUCUUCUAUGAGCAAAUAAAACGCUCUUUAUGGCUGUACUGGAGAAGAUAUCCGAAGUUAUGCAACAAAAUGAGGUGAUGAAGAAGGGUUUAAGGAAAACAAUGUCGAUGUUAAUGAAUGAAUGGAAGAGUUUUGAAGAGGUUUCUGACUUGACCACCAAGGGUUUCCAACAAUGCUUCGAUGAACUGGAGGUCAGGGAGAAGCACUUGAGUUCAGUAAAAGAAUCAGUGGUCGAGAGUUCUCAUGAACUUGACUUGAUCAGGGAAUCCGUGGAGCAGAGACGGAAAGAAGUUGAGGUAAAAGAGGAAGAAUUUUGUGCAUUUCGGGAGACAGAAAUCAGGGAUUUGGAAUGCCACUGGAAAGACCUCAUUUUAGUCAAACAUGAGUUUGAUGAAGCUGUGAAAUUGAGAGAGAAAAAGCUGAACGAGCAAGAGAAGAUGGGGGAACGCCUUUUGGGAGAAAUAGAGAAUCUUGAGAAGUCGGUUGAAAAUAGGUUUAUGGAGAUUAGUAUGAAGGAGAAGGAGUUUGAGGAAAAGUUGAAUAAGGUUCGCGAAGAAUCAGAUGCCCUUCAUUUGAAAGAGAGAAAAUUCGCUGAAGAUUCUCAAGUUAAGGAAAAUAUUUUACAAUCGAGGGAGAAGGAACUUGAAACAAAACUAAGGAGCUUGGAUUCAGCGAGGAAGGAACUUACAAUGAAGGAAAAUAGGCUGGAUACUGCGACGAAGGAACUUGAAACAAACAUAAAGAGCUUGGAUUCUGCGAGGAAGGAACUUACAAUGAAGGAAAAGAGGCUAGACAAAGCGACAAAGGAACAUGAAACAAAAGUAACGAGCUUGGAUUCUGCGAAGAAUGAACUUACAAUGAAGGAAAAUAGGCUGGACACUGCGACAAAGGAACUUGAAACAAAAGUAAAGAGCUUGGAUUCUGCGAGGAAGGAACUUACAGUGAAGGAAAAUAGGCUAACCAAAGCGACGAAGGAACUUGAAACAAAAGUAACGAGCUUGGAUUCUGCGAGGAAGGAACUAACAAUGAAGGAAAAUAGGCUGUGCACUGCGAGGAAGGAACUUAUACUGAAGGAAAAUAGGCUGGACACUGCGACGAGGGAACUUGAAACAAAAGUAAUGAGCUUGGAUUCUGCGAGGAAGGAACUUACAAUGAAGGAAAAUAGGCUGGACACUGCGACGAAGGAACUCAGAGAAAAGGAACUAAGAGAGAAGGCUAUGUUGACAAAGGAACUCCAAGAAAAGACAAGUAAUGUGGAUUCUUUAAAGAAGAAACUUACUAUCAAGGAAGACCACCUGACCUCAAUGAAGAAGGAACUGGCUCACAAAGACAAGAGUCUGGGUACAAUUAAGAAUCAACUUGAACUCCAAGGGCUGGAGUUGAAUUUACUUGAGGGAAAAGUCCAAUUAAGGGAGGGAGAGCUCAGUUCUAUUAGGAAGGAACUAAGAGAGAAGGUAACUAUGUUGGAUUCUGUGACGAAAGUACUCCAAGGGAAGACAAGUGACUUGAAUUCUUUAAAGAAGCAACUUAGUAUCAACAAAGACCACCUGACCUCAAUGAAGAAGAAAUUGGAGGACAAGGACAAGAGUGUGGAUACAAUUAGGGAUAAACUUGAACUCAAGGAGCAGGAGUUUAAUUUACUUGAGGAAAGACACCAAUUAAGGGAGGGAGAGCUUAGUUCUUGUAAAAGGGAACUAAGAGAGAAGGUAACUAUGUUGGAUUCUGUGACGAAGGAACUCCAAGGGAAGACAAGUAACUUGGAUUCUUUAAAGAAGAAACUUACUAUCAAUGAAGACCACCUGACCACAAUGAAGAAGAAAUUGGAGCACAAGGACAAGAGUGUGGAUACAAUCAAGAAUAAACUUGAACUCAAGGAGCAGGAGUUGAAUUUACUUGAGGAAAGACUCCAAUUAAGGGAGGGAGAGCUUAGUUCUGUUCAAGAGGGAUAUAGGCAGCCCUCAGAAGAACUUGAUUCUACGAAGAAGAAACUGGAUUUAGUUAAUGGUGAGUUUCAACUAGAAAAGGAAAAAUACCAAACAGAACAAGGAUUAUUCAAGAAAAGCAUGAAAGAUAUAGAACUUAAAGAGAAACAGGUUGAGGUGAAAUUUAGAGAGGUUGAACAAAGAGAAAAACACAUGGAAGAUUGGUUUAAAGUGCUUGAGGAAAAAAUGAAGCAACUGAAAACUAUUGGUAAUGCUCCUGAGCCUAUUGACAAUGUAGAAGCUGAUACCACCUCUACUGAUUCUGCUGAUAUAAAACUUGUUCUGACAAUGGAUGGGAAGGCUUUACAGAUAUUCUUAAAUGAGCACGAGAAGAAGCUAGAUUCAAUGUCUGAUGAUGUUUUUAGGACCCUUCAUUUGUCUCGCAACCCUGCACAAUUGGUGCUUGAUGCAAUGGAAGGGUUCUAUCCUCCCCACUUGAUGAUGAUGAAGGGAGAUACAGAGUUUGAGGGCAGUGUUGCCAGGAAGACCUGCAUUCUUCUGUUAGAGCAGUUAAUUAGAGUCUCACCGAAGAUUCAACCUACUGUGAGAGAAAGAGCAAUGAAACUGGCAAGUGAGUGGAAGUUUAAAAUGACUGGGAAUCAAUUAGAGAUCUUGGGCUUCUUGUAUCUGUUGGCUUCUUUUAAUCUGGUCUUUGCUUUUGAUCCGGAUGAGCUUAUGAACCUGCUGGCUGUCGUAGCUGAGCAUAACAAGUCAAAGGAGUUGUGUCGCCUUCUUGGUUUCACAGAGAAGAUUCCUUUUUUGAUGACAGGUUUCAAGGCAGAUGUAACUGCAUCUGUCAUUUCUGAGGCUCAAAAACCACAGCAGACUCAGCUGAAACACAAGGAAUCAACUAGUCCAUCUGUUCGAGCUGAUAUCAAGGCCCUCAGCUAUACCUCAUCCACUGGAAAGGCCUCCACUUGCAUGUUAGGUCAUUCCAAUGCUAUGGCUGCCAUCCUUGUGAGCAUGGGCGGAAAGAACUUGCAGACUUUUCUGAACAAUCAUUGGAAAGAACAGGAGUUGUUGCGGAUUGAAAUCUCUAGAGCUCUCAAAUUGUCAUCUGACUCGGGGAUGCUUGUGUUGGAAGCACUUGAAGGAUUUUAUCCUCCAGGACCUCAUAAUGAAGAAAUUUUAUUUGCUCGUAGUGUUAUCCGGAAAAGUUGCAUCUUUCUACUGGAACAAUUGAUGAUACUCUCACCAAAACUUAAACCAGAAGCCAAACUGGAAGCUCGCAAGCUUGCAUUUGACUGGAAAGAAAAGAUGAAAGCUGAAACAGAAGACCAUCUGGGAAUCUUGGGUUUUCUGCUUCUAGUGGGUGCCUACGGCUUGGCAUCUGCCUUCGAUAAAGAUGAGCUUGAGAGUUUGUGCCACACUGCAGCACAGGAUGAUAAUGCAUAUCCGAUUUUUCAUGUACUUGGUAUUGCAGGAGAACAUCCCUCUAAAACUCAACCUCUUUCCAACAAUGUGGAGAUGAAACGCAAGGGAUGCGAUUUAACCUCUGGUUGUUCAUUAAGUUUUAUUCAUUUUUUAUCAGAUCCUGCAAAGGUUGUCUUGGAUGCAUUGCGGAAGUGUCGUUCUGCCAAUUUGGGGAAGUAUAAAUAUGGCCCAUUAGUUAUGAAGAGUUUCUCUGAUUUGUUGGAACAUCUGAGAGAAGUUUCUCCAGAAAUAACACCACAGGUUAAAAUAGAUGCAAUUGUGCUUGCUGUUGAGUGGCAAAAAACAUUUACCGGAUCGCAGCUGAAUCCUUCAGAGGUCCUAGGCUUUUUGCAACUUCUAGCUACUUUUGAAUUAUCAUCAUCUUUUGAUUCAGAUGAGCUUCUACGUCUAUUGAAGAUUGUUUACAAUUCUACAAGAGCAAUUAAUCUGUUCAAAAUCCUAGAGUUAGCAGAUAAGAUCCCAUGCUUUAUUGAAAAUCUGAUUAAGAGAAAACAGUGGCUGCUGGCAAUUAGGUACAUCUAUGUGUAUGAACUUGUUGACUUGUUUCCACCUGUGCCUCUCCUUAAAGACUAUGUGCUAUACUCAAAAGAGCAAGCCAAGAAAAUACGUGAUAAUGGACUCGGUUCUCGUGAAGCCCAAGAAAAGGCUAUAAAUUGUGAAAUAUCUGUGUUGAGAGCUGCAAUUAAAUGCAUUUUGUCUCGCAACCUUCAAUCAGAAUACUCACCUGACAUUCUUCGAGCUCGUAUUGCAAAGCUUCAAAGGCAGAUGGCAGACCUAAGGAUCCCGAACCAACACUCCGGCGAUGACAGAGAUGAAGGAACUCUCUGUGCUCCAGCUUCUCAAGUGCAAAAAGCGGCCACAAAGAAACGUCUUGCCUCAGCUACUGAGGGUGUUGCUGUACAUGAGUCCCGACUGCAACACUCCGGCGACGACAGAGGUGAAGGAACUCUCUGUGCUCCAAUUUGUCAAGUGCAAAAAGCUGCCACACAAAAACGCCUUGCUUCAGCUACCAAGGGUGUUACUGUACAUGAAUCCCGACAGCAACACUCCGGCGACGACAGAGAUGAAGGAACUCUCUGUGCUCCAAUUUGUCAAGUGCAAAAAGCUGCCACACAAAAACGCCUUGCUUCAGCUACUGAGGGUGUUACUGUACAUGAGUCCCGACAGCAACACUCCGGCGAUGACAGAGGUGAAGGAACUCUCCGUGCUCCAAUUUCUCAAGUGCAAAAAGCUGCCACAAAAGAACAUCUUGCUUCAGCUACCGAGGGUGUUCCUGUACAUGAGUCCCGACAGCAACACUGCGGUGACGACAGAGGUGAAGGAACUCUCUGUGCUCCAAUCUGUCAAGUGCAAAAAGCUGCCACAAAUAAACGUCGUGCUUCAGCAACUGAGGGUGUUACUGUACAUGAGUCCCGACAGCAACACUCCGGCCACGACAGAGAUGAAGGAACUCUCUGUGCUCCAAUUUCUCAAGUGCAAAAAGCUGCCACAAAAAAACGUCUUGCCUCAGCUACUGAGGGUGUUACUGCACACGAGUCCCGACAGCAAAAGCGAAAACAUAAGCGCGUCUGCCAGUUACCAAUGCAGACAGAAGUUUGUCCAGAUUCUAUCAUUUGCAAUGCUUCUCUGUCAUCUUCUCAACCCACAUCUACAGAUGCUCAAUUUCGUACUGUGACACCAAACUACUCAAAAGAAGUAUUUUCUCAGCCCUUAGAGGGCUACUCUGCAGAUGACCAGAUUUGUGGUUCUGGACAAGCAUCUUCACAUCUAAUUGGUGGUUCACAUGCUUACGAUGAUGCUAAGGUUGAAACUGGAAAACUGGUUCUUCCAGUACAAGCAUCGUGUCAUACUAAUCAUAGUGACCACUCCGUGAUUACUUCUAGUGUGCCACAAUCCUUAUGGCUGCCUAUAUGCCCAUUUUAUGAUCCUGGGGAAAAUCUGAUGCCAAAACUUGAGGAGCUACUGAGUAAGCUCCAGAAUGCUUGUCCAGCUCAGGGAAGACUGAAAUGAAAUGAACUGAAGAUCAUGAGAGGACCUAGUGAGAAGACUGCAUAGCAACUGAAUUCAAUCCUUCUCUGUAAAUGUUAGGUAAAUACAUGUAUGCAUACAAAAAGAUCAGUAACUAAAAUCAACCAGUGGACUAGCUAAGCUAGCUAACCACAGGACCUAACUAGCCAUUUCAUCGGUUAAACUGAUGCUAACUAAAAUGCAAGCUAGUUCUUUUUGUCU